GCGCCCUCCUUGCGUGGAAGCCUUCUGGAUGUACGCGCCCUCAGACGCUUUUUGCACGCCGCCUGCAAAACUCAGUCACUCACACCCUCACUGACUGCACUCGUCCUACGCGUCCUCAUCCGAGUCCUCCUUCAUUUUUUUUUUUUUUGUGAUUUUAUUUUUUUGCCUCCUCUUCUCGGAUACUAAUUUUGACGCCUUGGAUAUGUGCACACAAGAUGAUGACAACCCCUUUCCUACCCGUAGAAGUAAAAUAAAAUAGGCUUUCGCGCACUAUAGCUUCUCCCCUGUCGUUCCAUAUGAAGAAGCCAAAAAUUCGGAUACGCGUCUGUGUCCAUUUACUGCUGCUGAUAACGCUCGGGGCGCAUUCAAGUAAAUUUGACGUCAACCCAGUGACUGAUGACGUGGCGAGACUCUCGAUAUUGAAACACAAUAUUCCCAAAGACUACAAAAUUCCUGUACAUUACGUUCCGAAAGAAGAGGGUGGGAUGUGCUGGGUCAAGCUCAACGUCUUCUACCUAGAGGAGAGUUUACAAGACUUAGCGCACAAGUUUGGCAACAUUUCGUCCAAUAGAAAAGACAUUAGCAUAUUUAUACAAAUACUUCAGGAACUACGGCUCAAUAUGGGCUCUGUGGAGGCUGUCAUGUACGACUUUGAGUGCCACUACCGCAAGGAGCGGUGGCCCACGGAGAAAUACUUUGAGUUUGUGUCCGACUUCCUGGCGAGCGCGCAACACAGAGACGACUCUGACGAUUGCGAACCACCUCCCUGUCCCACCACACCGCACACGCAAACAGAACAAUAUUUAAAAGGAUUGCCAUCAUCCAGCAGUAACAACUCAGAGUGUAACACAUUCACAGACUGCCAAACACACCAAGAAGCACGUCUGCUUCCAGAGAUUGUGGAGCGAAGUCUGCUGUCCUUACUUUUCAUCCCGUUCCUGGCGCUCAUCCUGCUGCUCGUAUGGAAGCUGAGAUCGCGACGGAACAGCCGAGGUCUUCCACAGACUUCUGGAGAAGGCGUUCUCUUCACGGGAACAGAAGGAAGCGCAUCCCCGCUAGAUUCCCAAAUUACAGAAAAAAACAGGUUGAACAUGAUUGAAACUGUGUAAGGACUCCUACAACUACUUCAGCUGGUGAUGAAAGUGACAUUCCAUUGAUGAGAAACUUCUGAAGUGCUUAAAAAACAAAAACGACCCAAAAAAAACAACAACAACAACGACAAAACAUAACGAAGACCUGCUUACAAACUGUUUCUCCAUUUAGACCGCUACCACCAACACCGGUCUGGCUGACCCUUCUACUGUAUGGAUACGCUUUCCUUUUUUCAUUUAAAACUGGUUUUAUUCCUUGAGGAGCAAGGAAAAGAAGUGGUGGUCCGAUGAAAAGCCCUUUGACCUUCUUCUUCAGGACUUAUGGCAUCAGAACAAACUUCAAAGCAAGAAAAGAAUGCCAGAUUGUUACUAUGCUGAUGGUGGGUUUUUUUGGCCCUCUACUCACUCCAAUCCCCGGAUAUCCCAUCCUUUUCCUCCACAUUCUCUAAGGCCAUCAUCUCUAUUUUAGUCUCGUUGUGAAGCUUGUACAUUGUAUUUAUUUAUUGCCACACUCCAGGGAGGUAUUUUGCGUCUCUCACACAUUCCCUGGAGUAUUUAGCGGACUGUUGGGUGAGGAUACGGAGUGGGUAAAGAUGAAAAACAUUACAUAGGAAAAAGGAACAUAUUAAUAUACAGUGGAACCUUCAAAACACUUUUUUUUUUGUUUUUUUUUUUUAUUCUUGGCUGUCAUACAAGUACAAAAGAAAAUACCGUAUUUGCCCGAAUGUAAGACGGCCCUGAUUAUAAGACGACCCCCUCUUUUUCAAGACUCAAGUUUAACAAAAGAAUUUUUGACCGCCAAAUUAAUUUUUAUACAGAAAAUAGAAGAAUAGAAAACAGUACAUCUGAAACAAAUGAUUAUAACAAUAUAUUUGAGAAAAAAAAAACAUGCUAUCUUGCCUCAUUCUAAUCUUAAUAUCUGAACAUUUAAAUAUGUAAACUAAAGUGCAAUCACAUUCGUAAAUGAAUGGCUUCUGGUUUUUGAAAUGUAAAUAAACCAAUUAGGGCUGUAAAAAUUAACGCGUUAACGGGCGGUAAUUAAUUUUUUUAAAUUAAUCACGUUAAAAUAUUUGACGCAAUUAACGCGCAUGCCUCGCUGAAACAGAUUAAAAUGACAGGGCAGUGCAAUGUCCACUUGUUACUUGUGUUUUUUGGACUUUUGUUUGGGUGCAACUGAUUUUAUGGGCUUCAGCACCCAUGAGCAUUAUGUAAUUAUUGACAUCAACAAUGGCGGGCUACUAGUUUAUUUUUUGAUUGAAAUUUGUACAAAUUUUAUUAAAACGAAAACAUUAAGAGGGGGUUUAAUAUAAAAUUUGUAUAACUUGUACUAACAUGUAUCUCUUGAGAACUACAAGUCUUUCUAUCCAUGGAUCGCUUUAACAGAAUGUUAAUAAUGUUAAUGCCAUCUUGUUGAUUUAUUGUUUUAAUAAACAAAUACAGUACAUAUGUACUGUAUGUUGAAUGUAUAUAUCCGUCUUGUGUCUUAUCUUUCCAUUCCAACAAUAAUUUACAGAAAAAUAUGGCAUAUUUUAUAGAUGGUUUGAAUUACGAUUAAUUAUGUUUAAUUAAUUUUUAAGCUGUAAUUAACUCGAUUAAAAUAUUUAAUCGUUUGACAGCCCUAAAACCAAUCUAUUGUGAUAAAACAACAAAAUUGCAAUAAAUGCAUUAACCAUCAAAGUGAAGUCUAACUGUAGUCUUGAAACAAAUCUGAAUAUGGAAAAACAUUGCAAUAAAAUAAUGCAAACUGGUUAAACUUGAGAGUAGCUGAGAUAUGUCAUGACAGAACAUCGCUUCAAUGAUAUCUGGCGCCAUCUGGGCGUCGUGAAUUGGUAUAACGUCUAGACCGCGAAUAUAAGACGAACCCCACUUUUUCAGUCUUAUUUCAAUGCAAAAAACACCGUCCUAUAUUCAGGCCAAUACGGUAGAUCAAUAAAAGGUUAAAGAUUGUUUUUAAAAAAAGAUAAAUAAAAAUAAUUAAAAAGAAAAAAAAAAAACAUUAAAACCUCCCAAAAGGAAAUAAUGCAAAUAAUCUGUUCCAGGGUUGUUUGUUUGUUUGUUUGUUUGUUUGUUUGUUUGUUUGUUUGUUUGUUUGUUUGUUCGUGCUAACAGUAAUACAAAAUCUGUUUAAAGUCUCAUGGGAAAAUACAUUUCAAGUUUUUACAAAUAACUAUGUCUUGUAAAUUUGACAUAUUACACAAAGUGUUGUAAGCAGUUCUACCACAUGUCAAUAAUAUGAAAAUAAUGACCACAGGCUUCUAUUAUUUUCCCACAGUGGUAUAAUACAUUCUGUAGUUCUCAGUCUUUACAUGUUUUCUACCAACAAGUAAGGUUUACUGCAUUUUGAAACAAGAGGACUGAGAUUUUGGCUUUGAAAGUUCCAUUGUAUUCAAACACAUGCCAGCUGCUAUGCUAUUUAAGAAAGAUGACGCGAGAACGCCAAAAAGAGCCACGAAUGCCCGUUAAAAAGAAGAAAUAUAUGCAUUUGCAUCCUUUUUGUUUUUUUUGUUUUCCAUUUUGCCUUAUUGUAGCAAACCAACAUCAAAUUGGAGAAGUAUUUCAAAUAGCGUUGCGCCAGCUGAAGCUAACCCUUUAAAAUGUCCAGUCUAUGAGGCUGAUUUGCAGCUAACAAACAGCAGACAUCUUCAUUCAUUUUCUUCCACUUCUCUGCGCGUCUUUGAUGUGCCAAAAGCUAAAUGCACUCAAGCUUCAAGUAUGAGUCAUCUGCAGGAAUAGGUGGACGCUUUACAAAUGCUACGAUCAAAACUCAUGUAACAUGAUGGAAUAAGAAAUUUACUCAAAUGUUAUAUUUAAAAAAAUAUAUAUUUAUUGAAUAUAAUUGGAUUGGGAUGUAACAAAGCACGUAUAUUAUAUCAACUGCUGGUCAUAUUUUGGACUCCAACAUUCUGGGGGUAAAGAAAAACAAUUUUGCAUUUCUAACAUUGCAAAAAUUGAAAUUAUUGGACUACUUUUAAGUGAAAUAGAAAAAAGAUAUAAUUUUAAAAUGUUUAAUUGAAUUGUAUGCAGUGUAAGUAAUUAUAUAUGUAUAACUUAUAUUGUCCAUGAUGGUAUCAGGUAUUGUUACAACUAAAGUUGCACCGAUACCGAUACCAAUAUCGGCAGGGGGCGCCAAUCCGGCCCGAAUUGGUGGUAUCGGUAUCGACGAGUACCAUCAUUUAGGGCGCCGAUACCAUCUACUGGCGUCACUUGAGCGCAAAUGAACUGUCUUUCCCACGUGAGCUAACUUUCCAAAUCUCGAUGCAUGACAUUUGUAUGUAUUUGUCUCGAAUUUACCAUACGUAAGUAUCAUCUUCGUCUUCAAUACUCCAGACGUUCACUACAACGCAUAUCCGAGAUGUUACGCUGAUUUUCUAACAUGGCAUUCACAAUCGAUUAGCAUACGUAAGCUAAUGACUGCUGUUGGAAGAUGAUGGGAUCAGAAAGGUUAAGACCAUGAGAGACUAAGCAAACUCAUGGUUUCAUGAUGAACAAUGAGUGGCAAAUUAAGAGCGCCGUACUUCAAACUUGUCCUGUUUAUAAAAGUCGAUUAUCAUAUGCUGGUGUUGUGCAGUAAUGAGCAGAACUGACUUCUGUGGCCAGAAAACACUCAAGCUGCGAAGCGCGCACACUAAAUAUCAUCAGAUAGCAACCUAGAUGUCCUAUGUUAGAUUCCCAUGCUAACUCUCACGCGCACACCAUAGAUAUCAUCAAAUAGCAACCUAGAUGUGCUACAUUAGAUCCCAUGCCAUUAGCUGCGUGAGCCCAGAGCGACGCCAUAUUGUCCAUUGAUGAAUUAGAAACCGCCAUGACUGAAUGAAAGUUAAGCAGGCCAAAUCAAUCCAUACCAGUGACUAUAGAUAAUGCUGCAAAUACUUUUAAUUCAGCACAUGUUACAGAUGGACUCAGACCACAAAUAGUAUGUUUUGCUUAUAUGGUAAAUAUAGCUGCUAAGAGAGCUGCAGCAAUCAACAGUGUGCCCCACUUUACAAACAGUAAAGAUUGUUCUCAGCACUUAUAUACAAAAUUUCUUCAGAUCAGUAAGAAGUGGGCACAUAAAUAUUAUGCAUUAAAAUGCUUGUUUAUAUGAUGGCACUGUUAUUUUUGCUUGUUAGCUAAACAAAAUAAUAAUAAUAACAGUUGUAAUUUCUGUGUCAGACCAUUAAAUGUAUUGAAUUGUAUCGAAAAUCGUACCGAACCAUGACUUAACUGUAUCGUUGCAUCCCUUAUACAUAUAUAUACAUAUAUAUGCAUAUAUAUGUAUAUAUACAUAUAUAUAUAUAUAUAUAUAUAUAUAUUUUUUUUUUUUUUUUUUGCAAACAGUGGUAUCGGAAUGGUAUCGGUAUCGGCAGAUACUGCACAGCCAGGUAUCUGUAUUGGUAUCGGGCCCAAAAAAUGGUAUCGGUGCAACACUAGUUACAACAUAUACAUACAAAAUAUUGUGUAAUUAAUAUUUUAUAUUUACUGGCCUCAUUUCAACUCAAGUGUAAAUAAAUUUUAAAUGAAAUUUUUAAUUUAAAUAUGGAGCCAUAUCCAAUCUUAUGUUAUUAUCUACUGUAAUUGGACCAUUUCGUUUAAUUACAAUGAAUCCACAUGCCAACAGUGUGCACGUUAGAAUCUAAUGGAUCAAGUUCUCUUAUAUUGAUUUUGAAUGAAAGUCCACUUGGCAGGGCUAUUGACUGAUUGGAUAGAUGCUAAUCGUUGUUUUUUGUUUCAAGUGACGGUGAGGAACCUUCGUGUUAGUUUCUUUUCCAGAUCAACUUUAAAACAACACGCAAAAUGCUACAAAUUUAUAUGUGCAUGUCUAAACCUCAAAUGAAAACAUAAAUGAAUGGCCCUAAGUGACCAAAAGUUAAAGCCAGCGGAAGAAAUUGUAUCCUUUUUUUUUUUUUUUUAUACUUUUUUUCUGGAGUUGUAAACAAUACUACGGGUAAUUUUGAUUCACAAUGUGACAGUGCAUAUAUGACUGGACAAUUUGUUACACACCAUCAAUGGGAUCGUCAAUGGAUGGAUUUCUCGCCCACUUUUUUGCGAGUGUGUUCCUCCGCGUACAUUUGGCCCAUUUGUCAUCGGAGCUUGUUUGUCAUUGCUUAAAAGACUUCCAUUUGUUCUACAAUGUCCCGACCCGGGAUGCUACUGCUACAAUUCCGCCCUUUCUUCACACGCCUUGCUGCGACAGUGUCUUUCACCCUCACACUGACUUUUGACGAAAGCUGUGAAUGAAUGAAAACGUGGUGGUGAUGCGUUUGUUUCAAGAACUUUUGCACACCUCCUUGAAUUCUGUUGUUUCUACUGGUCAUGAAUACCACUCCCCACCCUCCUGUUCAUUUUUUCUGUUUUAAUCUCACAGUGGGACAAUCAAAACAGCUCCAGAAAUGAAAAUAAAUCUGGAUGGCCCACAAAAAAAGGCAUAUAUUGAUAUUAUUAUUACUAUGAUGAUGGUGAAUGCCCAGCUGCAAUUCUGGGUGAGAACUCUACUGUAGUCUGUAUUUUUGUAUAAAUGUUAACAAGCAUACAUACAAUAUGAAUAAAGUACAUGUAUCCUGAUAUGAAAAUACUCUUUCCAAAUGGCUGCAAACAUUCAGACAUUUGCUCGAGGCUGAAAUACUUAGCCUUUUUAUGUGAAGGCUAAUUAGUGACAUACCAGUCAAAACAGUGACGGAUUACCUUCACCAAAUGUUUCGGGGGGGUAUGGCAACUCUUUUCUUUUGAGGGCCUGCGCAUAGAAGGGAUUGCAUGGCUUAAAUCAUUUGGAAAAGACUGUCAGAUUCCCAAACUACGCUAAACUCUUGCCAGUUUUUUUUUUUUAAGGUUUUAGGGUGGGGGGAUGUGCAAAAUGUCAAGAACUAGAGGGAUGUGCUUGGUUCCAAACAUUUGGUAGGAGCCUUAAGGGACUCCCAAACUAUAGUGCUUUAAAUUUCUUCUAGGGUGUGUAUUGGUGUGCUGCUGUCAGGAUGUUGAUGAAGACUGCAUGGUCUAAAAUGAGGGAUUUUCAAACCAUGGCAGGCAAUGAUUUGGAUUU